GCGUCAGAACAUGGCAUCUGAUUCCACAGACCUCCCCCUCUCUGUGGAGCUGCCCGCAGACCGAAUCGACCAGGCGAAGCGUCCACAGGUUCUCCUCCAGCUGUCCUUUCCUGCACGGUCCACGUGUUUAUCACAGCACCAGCAGCAGCACAAGGAACAACUUUUGAGGAUAUUUUUACGCACAGAUUGUCCAUUUUUGGAGACGCAGGCGAGAAGAUCGUUGCUGUCCUACUUCCAUCCGCGUGAUUUUGUUUUUUGUUGUUUUUGACUAAAACUUCAAGAGGCAGCAUGCAAGUUUAUAUGGUUGUGAUUUUUGCUUAUGGAGUGUCGGCCCUCAACAUCACAGAGGAGAAGGCAGCAUGCCCCCUUGGAUAUUUCCCCUGUGGCAACCUGACCGUUUGCCUCCCUCAGCUCCUGCACUGCAACGGCAUUGAUGACUGUGGAAAUCAAGCGGAUGAGGAGAACUGCGGGGAUAAUAAUGGAUGGCCGCAUCUUUUUGACAAAUAUUUUGGAAUGCCAAGUCACAAUGCGAGGACCAAGUCAAAAAUAUGCUUGCUUGGUGUUUUUCCUGAUCUCUGCCAGUGCCUAGACCUGGAGCUGGACUGUGACGGUGCUGAGUUUCAAGAUAUCCCAGUGGUGGCAACAAAUGUCACCAUGAUGUCGUUACAAAAGAACCGACUUCAGAAACUGAGAGCGAGCACGUUCUUUAAGUACCAGAGUCUACAGAAACUGUACCUCCAGCACAACAGAAUUCGAGAUGUGAGUCCUGAUGCAUUCAGAGGGCUGUAUAACCUAACAAGACUAUACCUAAGCAACAACAAGAUAUCUGUCCUGAUGCCGGGUGUGUUCAGGGACCUGCACAAGCUGGAGUGGUUGAUCUUAGAAAACAACAAUAUCCAUCAGAUAUCAUCAAUGACAUUUUCCGGACUGAACUCACUUGUUUUACUGGUUUUACUGAACAACUCUUUGACAAAGCUGGAUGACAUAUGUCGAGAAAUGCCCAGACUGAAUUGGCUAGACUUGGAGGGAAAUCUCAUUGAAACGAUUGGAAAUGUCUCAUUCUGCUCAUGCAACAUGCUGACAGUUCUGGUUUUACAGCGAAACAGGAUCGGCCACAUACACGAACAGGCUUUCUCAGUCCUACAAAAGCUUGGGGAGCUGGAUCUAUCCAGCAACAGACUGGUCGCAAUCCCUCCCAAUCUCUUUGUUUUACUGGAGGAUUUGCUUCAACUAAAUAUAUCAUACAAUCCCAUCGUGGAGCUCCAGGUGGACCACUUUGACAAGCUGCACAAAUUAAAAUCAUUGAGCAUAGAGGGGAUAGAAAUUGGAAACAUACAGCGAAGGAUGUUUGAACCUCUCAAAUACUUGACUCAUAUCUACUUCAAGAAGUUCCAGUACUGCGGCUACGCUCCUCAUGUGCGCAGCUGCAAGCCCAACACUGAUGGCAUCUCGUCCUUUGAAGACCUGCUGGCCAACAUCGUGCUGAGGGUCUUCGUCUGGGUCGUCUCCGCUACCACCUGCUUCGGCAACAUAUUCGUCAUCUGCAUGCGCUCGUACAUCCGCUCCGAGAACAAACUCCAUGCCAUGUGCAUCAUCUCCCUCUGUUGUGCAGAUGGUCUGAUGGGUGUCUACCUCUUCAUGAUCGGUGCGUACGACCUGAAGUUUCGAGGCGAGUACAACCGGCACGCUCAGGCCUGGAUGGACAGCAGUCAGUGUCAGGUCAUUGGCUCUUUGGCCAUGUUAUCCACUGAAGUAUCCGUCCUGCUCCUCACUUACCUCACUCUGGAGAAAUGCAUCUGCAUCGUCUACCCUUUCCAGUACUUGACUCCUGGCUGGAGACGAACUGUCACCAUCCUUUUCGGCAUUUGGGUGUUCGGUUUUAUUGUAGCUUUCCUGCCGCUGGUCUGCAAGGGGUUAUUUCGAAACUUCUAUGGGACCAAUGGAGUCUGCUUCCCACUGCACUCUGAGCAGCCAGAGACGGUUUGGGCUCACGUUUACUCCAUUGUCAUUUUUCUGGGUCUUAACCUGGUGGCAUUCCUCAUCAUCGUCCUCUCCUAUGCAAGCAUGUUUUAUAACAUCCAGAGAACAGGCACUCAGACCACUAAAUACAGCAACCACAUCAAAAAAGAGGUGACCAUCGCCAAAAGGUUCUUCUCCAUCGUCAUUACCGACUCCCUCUGCUGGAUCCCCAUUUUCGUCCUCAAGAUCCUGUCACUGCUGCAGGUGGAGAUUCCCGGUACCAUCUGCUCCUGGGUGGUCAUAUUUAUUCUCCCCAUCAACAGCGCCCUGAACCCGAUCCUUUACACACUGACCACACGACCUUUCAAAGAGACCAUUCUGCAGGUGUGGGCUAACUACAGACAGAGGAGGCCCCUCCUCAGCGGUCACCCGGCUCAGCAUCCGUCGCUCACCUGGCAGGAAAUGUGGCCAAUGCAGGAGAACUGCCACAGUGCCACACAGGUGCACCCAUUAGAAAUGAAAGCCACGCUAGCCAAGCUCACCCCUGUGGAAAACACUAACGAGGGAUAUAAUGAAGUUACCGUGAGCGCAAAACAACAGCCGAAGCAGCAUACAGUGCUGUCAGUAUGCUCAACGAAGCAAACAGCACCACUCACACUCACACAUACCUACACAUGCUCGCAAUCAAAUGAACUCCUCUAAGUGGGUACCAGCAGAACCACACCGGUCUCGACCACUUACAAAAGAACACAGUUCAGCGCUUCAUUUGUGCCCACGUUUCUCGGUUGCGAUUCAUUCGUUUCCAUUAGCGUCUUUUGAAAUCCCACUGUGUGCAUGUCUUGGCAGUCGUCACGCCAGAAGGGUGAAGCUACUCAUCUAGCAGUGAAAUCCAUCUAAUGAAGACCACAUGCUGGCUCCAAUGGCCAUCGGCACAAAGCAAGAGAAACCUGGACACCCUGGUGUUUUAACAUAGACUGUAUAUAAAAGGUGUGCACAGCCUCCGGGUUUGGGAAGUGGAAGUGCCUUAACCUCGCAUUCCUGCUAAUGGCCAGCAGGGGGUGACUCCACUGGCUCCAGACAGAAGUCCCAGUGCAUAGAAAAUCAGGAGAAAAUGACCCUGCUUCUCACUUUAUUACCACUGUAAACAUUUUCCUCAUGUGUUUAUGGUCUCAUUUGGUAAUUUCAGGUUCUUUUCAAUAGAGCAUGAUGUUCAUUUUGUAAAUGGUGCUCCCGUUUAGAGUGAAAUGGUUGAUAAAGGCAAGCUGUGCUGCCUUGUGAUUUCCAACCAUAUUGACAUGCUUAGUAUGUUCUCCGCCAGCUCCACCCUUCUCAUGAAAAUGCCAAACUCGAGACUUCGAAGUGGUCGUCACAGACCGCUGAGCUGCUCUGUCCACUUCUUCCCUACAGUCUAUGAUUUUUAACAGUGACUAUGUAUUUACUACAUCUCCCGUUUCACAACUCGACUGUGCUCCUGAGCUUGCUUUAUGGCACUUAUCCAGGUUGUUUUCUCCUGACUAGAUGCUUGCUUGUGUUGUUUCCACUCUCAGAUGUACGUCGCUUUGGAUGAAAGCAGCUGCUUAAUGAAAUUGUAGAACUGUAGAACUGCUUCUGAUGUGGUUACCACUGGAUUCAAGAUUGAAGAGACUUUGUUGUCUGGCUCAAUCAGAGAUGAAGGCAGACAAAUGAAGAGUAGAAAAUGUAAAAGCAUUGCAAAAAAGUAAGGUAGAAACGCUGACAUCUGUAUAGUUUGCAGGUGUGAAUAUCUGCAUCCACCCAGUGUAACUUAUUAGUGAACAUUAAUGGCUGAGGGUGAUUAAGGACACUCCUCUUGUUAAGCACAACCUUAUAGUGGUGAUCUAAUGAUAAGUAGCUGAAAGAAUUGGGGAGACAGUGAACUUGUGUGAUGAUGGUUUAAUCUGGGUUUUUUUUUUUAAUGGCCUGAUUGAUGAUGCAGUAGAAUUCAGUGGGCAGCGCUGUGGCCUGUAAACCACGGUUAGAACAAAGAAAAUGAUGAACACAUUUAGAACUACCAACUAAUUUGUAAAUGUGGAAGCUUGUUCUUGACCUUGACAACAGUAGUCUGACAGAAAAACCUUUUACUUCCCAUUUAACUCCUGAGCUUUCUGCUGCUCCUUGCAGUUUAUCUCAGCCAAUGUACACACCAUCGCUUUUUAAAAUGUAAUUUAAUACUUCAGAAUUAGAUGAUGAUAAAACAUACACAUUUCCAUGUCCUAUUAGAGCAGUAUUAAAACUUAAAGGGAAUAUUUUUCAACAGUUUCUUUCUUUGGUGCAUGAUUACAUGUUUUUGUUAUUAGCACAAAAACCCAUGAAAAAGGAUUUCUCUGUGCAGUAGCUACCGUAGUUGUUAAGAGGAUUACAGAUGUAGCUAUUUUCUGAUUUAUUGUUGUCCAGAGUGCUGAAAAACACAAUGAUGAGUUCAGUGUGUUCCUUCAUCACUGCAAACACAGCCAUUGUAGUUCAAUUUGAGUUAAUCCCACAUUUACUUUCUACUAUCCUCUUAUAUAAAUACCCACACAGCUGAAAAUUGCCCCCAAAAACAAAACAAAAAAAAAAAAACAGAGGAAAAACUACAGUGCUAAGCUAGAAAUUCAGUCUUUAAAAAGCAGAAACUUUAUUUUUGUGAUACCUUUCUGAACAUUUAUGCUUGGAAAGAAAUGAAACAUUGGUUUGGUUUUGUCCUUGGAGUUUUUUAAGUGUAGAGCACUGUCUUUUCACUUCAUCUUGACUGGGUACCCUUGAAUUACACUGGAUAUUUUCAGGAAAGGAUAUAUAAGUGGACUGUAUAUAUGCCUCUGACGUCAUGUCCAUAGUAGCCUGCACUAUUUGCUCCUGCUUCCCUGAGUGUUCCCAUUCAUCAGGUUCAUUUCUUUUCUCGCUAUCUGCCUCCUUCAAGAUUUAUUGCAGUCGAGCCCUUCAUCCACGAUGACAUCAGCAUACCAUGCUUUUCUGAACUGAGUAGGCUCCUCGCUCUUCUGUGUCCAGUAGUAUUGUUCCUCUGGGAUUAUUGUUCCAUCAAGAGAACCAGAGCAGGAAUCCCUAAAAUGACUGUUUUACCAAAAACAAUACUGACGACAGCUAAGACAGACUUUACAUCACGUGCAAGUAAUUCAGAGUUCCAUCAGCCAUGGGGCAACAGGAUGACUCAUUUCACUGACUCCAAGUGUGUGAUGCUUAUAGGUUUGCAUUGUCCUUCUGUGCAGACGUAGUGUGUUUUUAUUAAUCGUGUAACUUUUCUCUGCUGUUACAUUUUGCGUUUUAACAAGCUAUCUGUAACUUGCAUUCUCACACUGAGCCGAACCUCAGAACCAGUCGAAUUUGUGACAGUUUAAAUAAAGUUAGUUUAAAUAAGAUUGCAAUCCCCAGCAGUGUUUACACACAAAAAAAAGGAGAGAGAGAGAGAGACAGGCAGUAAUACUUUGUGAAAUUCAACUAUUCAGUGAAGAGAAAAUGAGAAUGUGCAGCUCACUGCUGUGGCCUUGUGGGGAAUCAUGACCUCCGUCUCAAUCUGCACAUCAAACAACAGCUGCUCUGGCAGAAAUUCUGACUGAAAUUCUUCAUCUAAAUCAGGUUUCAUUUGUACAGUAUCUGCCUGGGUUAAUGUACAGUAUUAAAACUAAGACAGUAAGCAAAACGUGUGAUUCCACUGCCUCUGAUACACAGUGAAGUGAAUGUUUAUACAUAUUUACAGCUACCAUCUUUUGUGCUCCAGUAGAGCUCAGCCCCUGCUAUUGUCUGUGGUUCUGGAGGAGCAGCUUUUGUUGAUUACAGUGGCAGCACUUGGCAUUUUGCUUGUAUCAGCAGCAUAAUUACUCUUUUCAGACAUUCCCUUUUUGUAUGACUUAAGAUUUGAGAUGAACUCAAUCUGUUCAGCGAUACAUCAUUUGUGUUUUAUUCAUGUUAUUAUGUCUUCUGUGCCAGUGUUGACAAACUAUUGUGGGAACUGAAAAUAUGACACUUAUCUCAGGUAAAUGAUGUGAUGUUUACUUUUCACCGGCAAAUUCCAAUUAGAUGUUUGACGUGCAUGCAGCAGUAGGUUGUCUGACUACAAUUGAAAAUAAUGUGACUGCUUGGCGCUCAUUUGAAGAAAAAAAGAUGCCACAUGAUGUUAAAUAACAAGUGAGGGACUUCAAACUGCAGCUGUGAUUUCAUAUUUUUCAUAUAUUUUGGUUUAUAUGGGGGGCUGCAAGGUGGUGUGGUGGUGAGCGCCGUUGCCUCGCAGCUAGAAGAUCCCCAGUUUGCAUCCUGGUUAGGAUGCCUGGGUUCUUUCUGCGUGGAAUUUGCAUGUUCUCCCUGUGCAGCGUGGGUUAUCUCUGGGUUCUCCGGCUUCCUCCCACAUUCCAAAAACAUGCUGAGUUUAGCUGGUGAUUCUAAAUUGUCCAUAGGUGUGGCUGUGCGCAUGCUUGGUUGUUUGUCUCUAAAUGUAGCCCUGCGAUAGACUGGCGACUUGUCCAGGGUGUCUCCUGCCUUCACCCUAAGUCAGCUGGGAUAGACUCCAGCUCCCUUGCAAUCCUCGUGAGGAUUAAAUGGUUUAUAGAUGAUGGAUGGAUGGAUGGUUUAUAUGGGAAUGUUUUUCUACUUAGUUACAUUAGCACAUUGGUCUAACAGCACUGCUAGUUUUCAAGUGAACCGUAAACUGAUUAGGGAAGAAGUAGUCAUUUUAUUGGUGAUCUAGCUUCAGUUUUUCAUUCAGCAAACUCUGUGGGAGUUAUGUCGGUUUUAGUUUUUAUUAUCAUCUGUUCAUUUAUCCCUUCAGCUCACUUGCAUGAGUCACUAGAACGAGGAACUCUGUUGGGGAUUUUGUAAUUCCCUCAAAAAAAAUGACUCACCGUUUUACUAUUAAAAUUACAUUAUACUGUGUGAUCCCUCCAGUGUAAAACACACUUCCUGUACUUGGGUUGUGUAAGUAUGAAUGCACAAACCUCAGUAAUAGGAGAAAAGCUUUCCUGAAAUUUAUUUUAAGUUAUUCUUCUGCCAAGGAACGUGGCGGAGUUACGUGACGAAAAUUGCUCAAAUUGCUUAACCUGAUUGCUGCUGAUUAUUCAUAUUAACUGGGGAACGUCAUCAUGCAGGGCUAGUGUCUAUGAUUAGUAGUAGCUGUUACGUGUUUACAAUAAGCGGUUGUUUUCAUGAGUCACUGGUUGAGUAUUUUCUCUUGGAUACCGACUGUAAUACAUUAGGUGAAAAAAAAACAUUCCCACAUAUUUUAUAUUCAUAUUGUAUACAUCACCAGUUCAAUAUGUGUCAAUCAUAUACCAGCUUAAACUCUGCUGUCAUAUUUCUUGUAGCUGUAAAUCAACCUAGUGUGUGGUCCUGGUGUAACAGUGCAGGAAAAACAACCACAGCUUGCAUUUCUUCUUUUGACUUUAUUUAUUUAUUUUUUUGCAAAUUCAUUGCUGUUAUUCAUGCCUGACUUCAACAUCUUAGUGAAGACAUCUUAGAAUUUGCAUUUGGAGGCUUUGACAUGAAAUAAAUCAAAUAAUCAUGAGCAUUUAAAAAAACAAACUGUUUUUGUUAUUGUCACCUUGAAGAUUAGAUUCAAGUUUUUGUGCCAUCAGCCAGAACUACUGAAGAACUACAGAAAGUGACUCAACCACAAUUUAUGUCUUUCUCUUUUCAAGCAGGCACAUUUCAUACUGAUCAUAACACAUUCAAACUGCUUGCAGCAAAGAAUUUAUUUAUUUUUUGUCAAGGUUGCUUUCUAAGUUUCAGGUUUUUACUCGUCUACAAGGAGUGAUGAAAAAAAGUUUAUUUUUUCUUCAGUGUAUCAUGUUUGUGUGUCUGUGUGUGUGUUUUACCUCUGUUAAAAACCACUUUAGAGAAAUAUUGAAUGUAAAAUAUGAGACAGGUUCAGUGUGUUCAACGAAGGCGGUUGCAGCUGCACAGGCAGAAAUUUUAAACAGUCUUUUUUUACAUCAUGUGUAAACUCCCCAGCUGGUUUGGGGGUUUGAACUUGGACUGAGCCUCACCUCACCAACCCCUUCAUCACACUACAUUUUUUUUUUUUUUUUAAACAUCUGUGGAAGACUUGUACAGUUAUUGAUAUGAUGCAAUCAGUAAAUUAAAUUGUGAACUCUUUUGUGCUUACAGUGUUCAGUGAAGUACAGAUUCUUGUGAAAUGGAUUUUUCCAGACAUUGUAAAUGUAUGGAUAUGCAGUAAAUGUGACACAGGAGAAUAAAUUAUUCAUAAAAAUGAUUUGUGAAUACACUGUACUUGCCAGUUUGUUUCAUCCUCAUACAUAUAAGUCAGCAGUUUGCCUGUGAUAUAAUCAUGAUAUCUACAGGGUUGUAAUUGUUGUGUUGACUGUGUCUUACAAUAAAUGUACUUGUGAAGAUGUUUCAUUUAGUUUUUUGGGGGUUUUUUUAUUAAUAAAAUGCAGACACUGUG